GGCGGGGCUGGGCUGCGAGAGGAGCCGCUGUCAUGGCCUACGCCAACCCCGUGCCCAAGCUCUACAGAUCUGUCAUUGAAGAUGUGAUUGAAGGGGUCCGUGAGCUAUUUACAGAAGAAGGGAUAGAAGAACAAGUUCUAAAAGACUUAAAGCAGCUGUGGGAGACAAAGGUGAUGCAGUCUAAGGCAACAGAAGGUUUCUUCAGAAAUAGCCACCCGGGCCCCCUCUUCACUCUUCAGUUGCCACAUAAUUUGCACCAAACAAUGCAGACGUCAACAGCAUCUUUAGUUAUUCCUGCUGGGAGAACUAUUCCAAAUUUCACUACUACAGAACUGGGCACCUCAAAUUCCAGUGCAAAUUAUAGCCUUCCUUCUGGUAUUGGUUAUCCCAUUCAUGUACCAGCAGGAGUGACUCUGCAAACAGCAUCUGGACAUCUUUAUAAAGUGAAUGUGCCUGUUAUGGUAACACAGAGCCCUGGAGGAGCAAGUAUCCUUCAGCAUCCAAUUCAGCAGAUAUUUCAGCAGCUCGGGCAACCUUCCCUAAUACAGGCCAGUCUUACACAGCUGAACCCAUCCUCUGUUCAGUCAGCUACCGAAAAAUCACAGAGACUGGAAACUGUGCUCCCACAGCCCACAGCCCUUCAUCUUGGGCCAGUGGAAAGAAAGCAUUUAGAGAACUUCGCCACCAAUGAGACUCUUGCACAGCCACCUGUGGGAAAUGAACACAAAACCACACCUGAGCUUCUGUUAAGUCAGCAGCCUAAUUCCUUGGAAUGCCCCCAGUAUAUGAAUCUCCCAGGUGCUGUAUUUACUCCACAGGCCUCUCAAACAGGUUCUAAUGGGGAGCCAGUGGUCAGUGUUUCAGGUAGUAUGAUUCAGACUCGGUACAGCGAACAACUUUCCUCGGGCCCUCAGGACUCUUUUCACCAGCAGUCUGAUGUGGAGGCGCUUGUUCUCAAGAACAGGAUGGGUGAAAAUGGUGCCCUAAAGCAGCCUCGAAGCCUAGAAGAGCCUUGCAGCCUUCCUGCCUUAGAAGAGGAAUCCAGUGCACAAAUGGAUUUGAGUAUACAAACAAUUGAUGACAUUAAAAAAAUUAUCCAAAUAGAUGGAACUGGAGAUACAUCUUCAAAUGAAGAAAUAGGGAGUACGAGAGAUGUGGAUGAGAAUGAAUUUCUAGGUAUUAUUGAUGCAGAAGACCUGAAAGUUCUUGAAGAAGAAGGUGAUAGUAUCUCAAAUGAAGAUUCAACUACCAAUAGCAGUGAUAAUGAAGAGCCUCAAAUAGACGUUGUAGAGGAGGACCCUUUAAAUUCUGGGGAUGAUGUUAGUGAGCAGGAUGUGCCAGACCUGUUUGACACGGAUAAUGUAAUAGUCUGUCAGUAUGACAAGAUUCAUCGAAGCAAAAACAAAUGGAAAUUUUACUUGAAAGAUGGUGUCAUGUGCUUUGGAGGGAAAGACUAUGUGUUUGCCAAAGCUAUUGGAGAUGCAGAGUGGUAAAUCUUGUGUGCUCUGUUUAUCAGCAUUUUAUGUCUAUGUAGACAUAAAUGAGAGUAUACUAAAUAUUCUGAAUUUUUUUUUGUU